AUGAAUGGUAGCUCCUUCGUCGCGCUUUAUGGCUUGAUAGUCGUGGGCAUAAGUUUGCAUGGUAGAGUGGGUGCCGACAAAGUCGUUGUGGCAUCAGUCUUGACUUGGGCACAUAUGGAGAGGGAUGGCGGGUUUCCGAGAUGCCCCAAUAUGACUGCAGCAACCUUCACUGACUUCAGUGGAUUGGGUAAGACAGAAGCCAUGGCGGACAUCGUACUCAAUUUUGAUUAUGUGCAAUGGAAACUCAAUGGAAAAGAAGUUCGACUGCCUGUUCAGGUCAAUAUCCUUGGCAAUGCUACCUUAGAGUUGGAGUCUCGGGAGAAGCAGAAUCCUUUUGGAGAGCACAUGGUACACGAGAAGUUGGGAGCACAUGGAGAGCUACUCUGUGUGUAG